AUGACCUCGCUGGAACCGCAGACCCACCUACUCGUCACCCUGUGUACCGUACCCCUCUCCUCGCUCCCAUCGACACUCGCCAAUCCACCCGUCCACGACUCGCUCUGCGCCCUCCUAGCCCACUCCAAGCCGACCAGCACCGACACACAGCAACGGCAGCUCCUCCACGCGGUCGUUGCGCGCGCCGCACCGCUCAAGGGCGCUCUCGCGGGUCCGCAAGGACUCCGCCUCCUCGCGCUCUACCUCGCUGCGUUCCUCUCGACGAACGCAAAGGCAGCACAGAAGGUCGUGGAAGAUGCGCUUGCGGCGAAUAUGAGGCUUGCGGAACAGGUUCGGUCGAUGGCAGGAGGAGCAGUUGGAGAGGUCCUCAGAGCGAAAGAGGGAGAAGAUGCGGCCAGAACGGUUCUUGCGCUCGUGUGGGGAACGGUCGGAUGCUUCUCGCCUACGGCGGCGGGCGCGAAAGGCGGCGAGGCGGCGACUCAGGUUCUCGAGGCGCUUGCGGGCGCAUACGAACGAUUCGCUUCUUCAUCCCAUCAGUCCGACUCGCUUCGCCUCGAUAUCCUCGAGACGUCGCACGCACUCGUGCAGACCGUCACGAACGCUCUCACGUCCUCGACCAACGCCUCGACUUCCAGCACCGCCCUCGAAGCCAUCCGCUCCCUCCUGCUCGUCCUCCUUCCUCCAUCGAAGACGCCAACAGCGCUCGCCCGCGCUCUCCAGGUCCACUUCUUCGUCUCGAACGCCAUUACCGACGCCGUUCAGGGCUCUGUCGGACCUGUUGCUAGGCAGGUCAAGGACUUGAUCGGCAGCUUGAAGCGCGCUGUGGCCGGAGAAGAGGCGGAGAAGGAAGAGAGGGAGUGGGUGGGGAGGCUGGUGCGAGAGAGGAAGGUGGGCGGAGCGGCCGAGCGGGACGUUGGUCUGGGUACGAGGGACAAGGAGGAGGCCGUCACGAGGGCGGCUGCUACGAAGGGGAAGCAGAAGGCCGAAGAGGGCUUGAGGGCGGCAGAGGAAGAGGCAGAGAUUGCUUCGGCCAUCUCGCACCUCCUCGACCUGUUCCCGCACCUUCCUUCCCCCUUCCUCCGCGCGUGCCUCACCCACCCGACCUUUGACGCCGCAACGCUGGAAGCGACAACUGAACGAGUCGUCGCCGCCUUGCUGGACGACGCCCCUCUUCCUCCCGACCUCGCUCGUCUGCGCGACGGUACCGCUAACCCUGAACCCGCACCCACCCCGGCACCUGCGCCGCAGGCAGCUUCGCCAAAGGUCGAGCGCCGCAACAUCUACGACGACGAUCGGCUGUUCUCGCGCGGCACGCUACUUGUCGGCGGCAAGGAUCGCAAGCUCGCUUCGCAGAACAAGACGACUCCGCCUGCGCUCAAGCUCGACGAGUCGCUCAAGGCUUCGAUCAUUGCGCUUGCGGAGGCGCCUUCAUCUGAUGAGGAAGAGGACGGAGAGGGCGAGGCGUUCUUGGAGGAUGGAACUGAGGAUGGAGGGACGAGGGUCCAGGUGGGUGACGGAGAACCGAAGGACCAGACGGACGAGGACGAGGAGGGUGACGAUGUGGCGAUGGGCGAUGGGCCGUCGGGAGGAGGAACGACAGCGGGAUCAUCGGCCCCGGCCACCGCCUCACGCUCGUCAAUCUACUCACCCGCGACCGUCCUCACCCUCGAGUCGACCUACCUCCGCUCUCCCGCUCUCUUCAAACGUGACGCCGCGACGAGACGAGGGAAAGAGCGGAAGGCGCUGCGGGAGAAGACGGGCCUGGGCGACGAGCAGAUCGAGGGCUGGAAGGUCAUGCUGGAGCGGGACCCAAAGAAGCUGCAAAAGCUCGCCGACAAGCACACCGAUCUCGCCGCAACCUCGAAUCACCCUGCGUCUCAGCGUUCCGCGAAGCCUCCGCCGUCUUCCGACUCUCAAGCAUCACCUUUGAAUGCUCCCCAUCAGCAACAGCAGCAACAGCAGCAGCGCGGCCCGCCUCGCUCAGGCGGAGAUUCCAGUCGAGGAGGAGGAGGGCGAGGGCGAGGAAGGAGCGACGGAGGGAGGAAGACGUCAGACCGGGCGACAAGGGGAAGGGACAAGAAGCUGGCGAAGUUCCUGGGCGCUGGCGGUGGAGGAACGGCGUAA